GUGCAAAUAAUUAAGAAGAGUAAUCGAUGUCACUGAGAAACGAAAUCUUAUAUUUGUUAAUAUCUCUAUUAGAUAGAUCGACUACUUUGACACAUGAAUGUUGAUCGGUAGCUAAACGAAACGAACGCGAUAUUUUGCAACAGAAGUCGCAUCUUUUUUAAUAACAGGUGGUAGCAACGGAGUAGCUGCGUUCGCGUGUAUAUUUCAAUCGCGUGUAUUUACUCAUUCGGUGGGUCGCUCGGUUGGUAAAGAAAGGCGAUCCUGUGCAUCCAGCUCUCGCAAGCGAAAAGAGAUUGAUCGACCGGUGUCUGAGCGCGAAUACGUUCUCGAGGAUGCUGCUGCACACGCGGCGCAACCGACGAGUGUCGAACAAUGCGGCCUACUCCAGUAACUUUCUUUCCUCCAAGAGCACCCGUUAAUUCGAAGGAACACGCGAUCUGCAUUCUUGUAGCACGUGUUUACUGACACGUGGCUCGCUCGAGAGGCUGUCAAACAGUCCAUGGAAUCGCGCAACGUCUGCCCAUACUUUUUCAUCGAACUAAUUAUUUCUCCAUCUCGUAAGAUGCGAGAAUAACGAAGAAAUGGAGACACUUUAUAAGGGAGCAAUCCACGGGUUUCCCCAAUCGAACGGUGGACUGUCUAAUGGAAUAUCUACGGGAAUUGCCAGCUCGUUCGAUCAAGACGGCGUGUUGAGUCUCAUCGUCGUUCUAGGCGGAAGCUUGUCUCUGGUUGCUCUGGUCUUUGCCUUCAUUACCUAUAGCCUAUUCUCGGACUUAAGGAGCCUGGCGGGUACGAUCCUUAUGAAUCUCUUGGCAGCUCUCUUUAUGGUUCAACUGCUCUUCAUAGUUGGAGUAGGUGGCGUCCAGGACUGGGAGCUAUGCAUUUCUCUGGAGUUGAGCUUGCAGUAUCUUCGGAUGACGGUGGUUUGUUGGCUGGCUGCGAUGUGUCAUCAUCUUUACGCAACCGUUGCUUCGAUCCCGCGUCGCGACGAUCCACCAUCUUAUCUGAAAUACAGUCUGUUCGCCUGGGGUACACCAUUGCUCGAUCUGGUCAUCGCCACUUUCCUACAGAUACGUGAGGCGACCGUUAUUUGGAACAUAGCGGAUCUUACACCUUUCAAUUGCUGGUUUCUAGGAACGAAGGCAACGAUUUAUGCGUACGGCUUGCCAGUGGCCCUUCUGCUUCUUUCCGCCGGCUACUAUCUAAUCAAAGCUGCGAUUGUGUCCAGAUACACGUGCAGCAUGCAACUGGAAAUUAAGCAACGCGAGAAGAUGAAGAGAAGAAGAGCGUUGCAAAUUGUUCUGUUUUUAAAAGUGUGUAUAAUAGUGGGUCUCAUAGCUGGGUGCGGAGUGGCGUCCAGGGUGUGGAAAGUCCCUUUCCUCUGGGCUAUAUUCUGUACUGGACAUUCUUUGCAGGGACUAGUUGUAGCGCUAUCCGUCGCGUGCAACUGCAGAGUUUUGAAAAUCUACACCAGGAAGUCGUACAAGCAACCAAAACAACAGAUCGCGCAUUCUAGUAGCAGCAGCAUGCAACUGCUCGCGCCUGCACCAGAUCCGGUCUAGAUCCACGAAUUUUGCAGACGAAGCCACCAACAAAGAUGAAAAUAAAGGGCCACCGAGAUAAAGGAUUUCCAUUAUAUUUUUCAUCCAAAAUGAUUCUCUAGUGCAGCGACAUCGGUUCGAGAGAUAUUCUUCUCCUUCUAUUACAUUUACGAAACUGAGACAUAUUUCAAACAAAAUCGAUUUUCAUUUGCUGCUCGAGAACGGUUGAAAACACUGGAAAAAUAUCAAACGUUUAAAGCUAAAUAUCACCGUGAACUUUGACGAUUUUCUGCUGUGCUGUUUUCUUGGGUCAAAGAUUUAUUCGAUUAUAGGGGGAAAAAGCACGGACAAGGAGAGAGUUCAGGAGAAACGACCUCGGACGUGAAGAAAAAGAAACGGCGAGAGAACAGUCGUAAUUUACUUUAAAUUACGUUUUCCGCUUUCCGGUGGCCGCGUUCAAAGCCUGCGAGCCGAACGCGCUUGAGUAGAGGCUUUUCGUGGUAGGAAGCGGUAGCGAAUAUCGCGCACCGUUCCAAACCAGCGGAACUGGAAAGAUCAAAUUUCAUGAGUCUAUCGCGUCAGUGGCCACAAAGACGACCACCGGACGCAAACAGAUUAUGUCGAGAUAGUCGCGUCAAUGUAUCGCGUCGUCGUUGAUAUCACAAGUCGAAUGCCACGCUGUAAACGGCAUCGCUCCGCACUACUCUGCACAAUUUCACCAGAUUGGAAGUAGACGUACGAGUAAUUUUUAACAUAUCCGCGAUGUCGCCUCUCGUCGCAUAAACACGAAUGCCUCUUUGUUUUGCCUUAUUUUUCGAACCAUUUUACGAAAUUACUUUCUUUUCUCGAUCUUCGUAAGAAAGAGUAAAUCGCAUAGAACCACUAACGAAUCAACUAGCGCCAACGAACAGAGAGUAAAUCACGCGACAUUGCCGACGGUGCAUUUCGGUAAUGCGAGUAUUUGCUCGUUAUGGAGAAAAUCGAAACGAAAGAUGGAAGAUCGAACCAAUAUGAAAGGAACGGUGGCGCGGUGCAUUCAGGAACGCGUUUCCAGCGGUUUUGCGGCUGUCAUUCUCCUCCGAUGUAAUUAACACUUGGUAAUCACCUAUGCGAUCGCGUUAGUACACCUAACCACCAGCACUCUGUAAAUGUAAACGUAUGUAGUUAUGAGGAAAUAAAUAUUUUGAAAUCCAAUAGAAA